GAAAUGUCUGCGAAGAAGUAUACGGAUUUGGUUAAAUUGGGUACACAAUAUGCCCGAAGGAUGAACUAUUUGUCCAAUCGCAUUUUCGGCGAAGUGGCUCGCACGACAAAUGAAAAAUCAAUGAAGGUGGUGCGAAUGUUCAGCGAAGAGCCGGUGGACAAGCGGGACUACGUUGUAAAUUGGUAUCCUCGUCAUGUCGAGACACAUGUACUAAUGAUGAACCUUAGAGAUUAUGGCCUAUUCAGAGACGAACAUCAAGAUUUCAAAGAGGAAAUGAAACGUAUGCGUAAAUUGAGAGGCAAAGCUCCACCUAAAAAAGGCGAGGGCAAACGAUCAAAGAAAUAGAUAUAAAUUUUAUUUUGUUAAUUUAUUAUUGGAAAUCAGUAGCUUAGCUAGUCCCUGAAAUACAAUGUUAUUCUCUUGUCUACAUUCAUAAGUAAUUGUGGAAA